AUGUUUAACAUUAAACCAACAUCAUCGUCAUCUUCUUUUUCUUCCUCUACUUCUUCAACCACAUCGUCAUCAAACAAAUCAAACAAGUUUGUCAAUUUCAAAUGGUCUCCAAACAGUGGUGAUCUCUUAAUAUUCGAAUCUAAUCACUAUUCAAAGAAACAAAGUAAAUCGUCAUCAACCAGUAAAGAUAAAGAUGUAUUAAAGAUACAAAAAGAUGAUAUACUCUGUGAGAUUAGAAAGGUAGGUUUGUUACAGCAUAAUUGA